AUGGGGGAUUUUAAUUGUGUUCUAAGGAUUGAAGAAAAGAAGGGAGGUGUUGUUCCUAGAACUUCUUCUAUGAAUGACUUUAGUGAUUGGUUGGAUGAUAGUGGCCUCUUUGAGGAGGAUGUUUUAGGGUGUACUUUCACUUGGCAUAAUCGUCAAUAUGGUCCUACAAGAAUUAUUAGCAAGUUGGAUCGUGCAAUUAUUAAUAAUGAAUUAUUACAUCAGUUCGAGAAUUGGAGGUGUAAAGCUCUUCUUAGGGAAGUGGCCAUGAAAUUAUGGAACCAACAUGUUUUUGGUAAUGUGAAUUCUAGGCUUAAACAAGAUCAGGUGACUUAUGAAGCUGCCAUGAGACUUUCUGAUGAUGAUCCUACAAACGAGGUCAAGCUGAAUAGAAUGAAAGAUGUGGGACCCAUGCUUCAAAACACUCGUAUGAAGGUUGCAACUAUGCUUAAACAAAAGGCUAGAAAUAAUUGGUUGACAGAUGGAGCUACAAAUCCUAGUUUUUUUCAUAAUAGUAUUCGUAUUCGGAGAAGUAAUAACACUAUUUCUGAAUUGGUAGGUGACAAUGGCGAAACUAUUACAGAUUAUGAGCAACUAAAAACGCAUAUAAUGGGGUUUUAUGAGGAUAAAUUCAAUGGGGAUGAUUCUGUUUUGGAGGAACAAAUUUUUGAUGUAGGUCAUGAAGUUAUUUCUCAAGAGGAGAGUCAAACCAUUGAUAGUAUUCCUUCAUAUGAGGAGAUCAAAACAACAGAAAAAUUCAUUCUGAAUGGUAUUAAUUCAAGCAUGCUGGUGCUUUUUCCUAAAGUUAGAGGUGCUAAUUCUCUAAAGGAUUUUUGUCCAAUUGGUCUUAGCAAUUUUUUCUUCAAAAUUUUCACUAAAAUCUUAGCUACAAGAUUGGGGGAAGUUUUGGGAAGGAUUGUUUAUGAGGAGCAAGUAGCUUUCAUGAAGGGUAUGAGUAUUCACAAGAAUAUCAUCUUAGCUUCGAAGAUGAUUAAUGAAUUGCAUAUUAAGAGAAAGUUUGGGUACGUGUGUCUCAAACUUGACAUUACUCGAGCUUUCGAUACAGUGAGCUGGAAUUUUAUUUUAGAAGUGUUUCGAAGGUAUAGUUUUUCAAAAAAUUGGUGCUCUUGGAUUUGGAAAAUUCCGAUUUCUGCUAGGAUUUCAGUUCUUGUUAAUGGGAGUCAGGAGGGUUAUUUCACAAUUAAUAGAGGGUUGAGUCAAGGUGAUUCUUUAUCUCCUCUUGUUUUUGUUUUGAUUGAAGAUAUUUUUAGUCGAAACAUAACUAAGCUUUUCAAGGAAGGUAACAUGAAAAGUUUGAGAAACUUGGUUGAUUUACUUGGUUCGUAUCAUCGUGUUUCUGGUCAAACUUUGAGUAGGCUAAAGAGCAAGGUUUAUUAUGGUGGUGGUUCUUCAAAUAGAAGACGUACCAUUGCUGAUUUCUUAGGGAUGAGUAUUGCUACUUUUUCCGGAUAG